ACUUUGCCCAGUGCCUCUCUCUGUUAGCUACUUUUUGCUUCCUUCUUCCUUGGAAAGAGGGGCCCUGGUCCAAGCACGGAGGAGCUUCGAGCCUAUAUAUUACGGCCUGUGCUCCGUCUGAGCUUCUGUCUUCUUUCCCUCCAUCAUCUUGCCUUUCCUUCGUGGAUUCGCUAUUUACUGCAACCCAAGACCUGGUCGGUAUACAGGUCGUUCAUCACCUUCAUCACUUUCAUCUUUGUUGCUGGUUCGGCUUGUGCCCUCGCAUCAUCCCACAUCACACCAAUGUUCAAGUCAUACUCGCACAUCCUAUCCCACAAGCGGAGAAGAAGCAAGAGCAGCGCCGUGCAGAUCCUCUCCGCUGCGCAGUCCGAGCCCAGCUCCCCGACCCAGACCGUCCACGAUCCCAUCGAGAUCUGGGCCCACUCCCAGCCCCUCUCCGUCAGUGAGGAGCAGUUGCAGGGCUGCUUCACCACCCUCGUUCCCCGUAUCCACAAGUACGAUCAUGUCGCCCAACGCGGGAGCGAUCGCUUCGUCCAGGACUUGACGGCUACCCUCGCCGCCGAGGAGGGCAAGGAGCCCACCAGCUACCUGUCCUGCCCCGUCGGCAACUACGCCAGCUUCCUCUACCCCGAAUGCUUGCCCGAGCGCCUCGAGCUCGUCGCCUACCUGACCGAGCUCGGCAGCCUGCAUGAUGCCCAGGGAAAAUCGAACGACCGGACGACGGACAAGCCUGACGAGCACGUGGAGUCGCCCCGCGCCGAAGCCCGGAAGAAGCUGCUGGAGAAGGCGGUAGCCGAGAUCACGGAGAAGGAGAUCGAUGGAAACGAUAUCAUUGACAGCUACCGGAGCAACUGGCUGGUCACGCCCGAGGUCCCCACGGCCGAUAACUGCGCCAACCUCGACGACUAUGUGGCUCGCAGACGCCUCAACGCCGGUAUCGAUGUGUACUGGACCCUGAUGGGCUUCGCCCAUGGCACCCGCCUGGGCAAGGAAGACCAGGCCAUCGUGCGGGAUGCGCUCGACGCCGCCGAGCGCACCAUGUUCUUCACCAACGACUACUACAGCUGGCCCAAGGAGAAGCGCGAGACGAAGCGGCGCCCCGUGGCCAACGUCAUCCUGUUCCUCAUGCAACACCAGAACAUGUCCGAGGAGGAUGCGGUCGCCAAGACCAAGGAGCUCAUCGUCCAGAACGAGCAGGAGUUUGUCAAGCGCCGCGAGGCGCUCUACCAGGCCAACCCGGAUCUCGCCCCCAAGCUUCGCAAGUGGAUGGAGGUCCUGGGCUCGUCCCUGGCCGGUAUCCACUACUGGUCCAAGAACACCCCCCGCUACGCUGUCCCUGACACGAUCGAGGAGAGCGAAGAGGAGGAGAGUGAGCACGCUUCCGUCGCGGAGGACCACUCGUCCGAGGGAGACGCCACUGCUGAAGACGAGGAGGACGAGGAGGAAGACGAUGAUGAGGAUGAGGAUGAGGAGGAAGAGGAGGUUGAGGCCGAAGAGCGGGAGCAGGAGGCAGAGCAUGUAGAGGAGGCGGCUCAGCCCGAAGAGGAGGAGGAACCUCAGAACGCGGCUGUCUGGACUCCUUUGGUGGAAGAGCCUGCUGCCCCAGUCGUGCAACUCAACACGCUACCCCUUUUGGCUCCGGCCGGCUACAUGCGGUCGAUCGCCAUCACCGACCUGCAGAGCGAGCUGCUGGGCGCCCUCAACGUCUGGCUGCAGGUCCCCAACCGCCCGCUGACCUACAUCAAGCAGAUCAUCAACGAGCUGCAGGACUCGACCCACAUGCUGGCCGACAUCCAGGACCACGCGACCCACCGCAGCCAGCGCACCCCGGCCCACCAGGUGUUCGGCCGGGCGCAGUGCAUGAACAGCGCCGCCUACACCUUCGUGCGGGUGGCCAAGAUCGUCAACAGCCUCAAGUGCCCCGGUAUGCUGGACGGGCUGCUGGAGGAGCUCGAGGCCCGCUUCAUCGGCCAGUCGUGGGAUCUGGACUGGCGCACCACCUACCAGGCCCCCUCCGAGCAGGAGUACCUGACCAUGGUGGACCAGCGCUCCGGCUCCACCUUCCGCCUGCUCGUGCGCCUCAUGCAGGCCGCCAGCAUGGAGGGCUCGUCCCUGGACUUCGAGCCCCUGGCCAAGCUGCUGGGCCGCUGGUACCAGAUCCGCCACGAGUACCUGGGGCUGCUCGGCCGCGGCGAGGACCUUGACCACGGUAAGAUCGUCUACCCGAUCGUGCGCUGCUGCAACCUGGACCCGGCCGCCAAAACGGUCAUCCUGGGCAUCUACCGCCAGAAGGCCGUCGAGGCCCCGCUGUCGCCGGAGAGCAAGACGCAGAUCCUGGACCUGCUGCACCGCACUGGCGCCCUGCAGGCCACCUACGAUCUGAUCCGCCAGCUCGGCCGCGAGGUGAACAAGACGGUGACCGAGCUCGAGGCCGCCGCGGAGGAGUUGAACCCCGCCCUCCGCGGCCUGGUCAAGUCUCUGAGCGAGCUGCCCAUUCCGACUGCUUUGUGAGAACCGGACCGGAAAGAAAACUGGAACUGAUACCCUAUGAUUUAUAAUGCCCUAAUGACUCU